AUGUCGACCAUCAACCCGGCUACCACUUCCAUUGUGUCCACUAAUCUAGAGGACCAUGGCUUCAAGCUGUUGGCGCGCGGCAAGGUGCGCGAUGUCUACGAAAUCGACAGCAAGACGCUGCUGUUCGUGGCAACGGACCGCAUCAGCGCCUACGACGUGAUUAUGAAGAAUGGUGUCCCCGAGAAAGGCGCUCUCCUCACCAACCUCUCUACCUUUUGGUUCCGCUACCUGCGGGCGCAGAUCCCCUCGCUGCGCACGCACUUCAUCUCCUCGGAUCUCCCCCCAGCCAUCACCGCAGCGAGCCCUACUCUCUCGCCAGCGCAACUGUCGACGCUGACGGGCCGCUCGAUGCAAGUGCAGCGCCUUUCUAUCUUCCCCAUCGAGGCCAUCGUGCGCGGCUACAUCACGGGCAGCGCGUGGUACGAGUACAAGCGCAGCGGCACGAUCCACGGCGAGCCGGCGCCGGCGGGGCUGCAGGAGUCGCAGCAGCUGCCCGAGCCCAUCUACACGCCGUCGACCAAGGCCGAGGUGGGCGGCAAGGACGAGAACAUCAGCCGCGUGCGCGCGGCCGCCAUCGUCGGCGACAAGGCCGCCGCCCGCAUCGAAGAGCUCGCCCUGGCCCUCUACAAGGCCGCCGCCGCCUACGCCCGCGAGCGCGGCAUCAUCAUCGCCGACACAAAGUUUGAGUUCGGCUUCGACCCGGCCGACCCCAACCGCGACGUCAUCCUCGUCGACGAGGUGCUGACGCCCGACAGCAGCCGCUUCUGGCCCGCUGACGCCUACGCCGUCGGCAAGGGCCAGGACAGCUUCGACAAGCAGUUCCUGCGGGACUGGCUGACGAAGAAUGGCUUGAAGGGCAAGGACGAUGUCGAUAUGCCCGACGAAGUGGUGCGCGGUACGCGCGAGAAGUACGUCGAGGCGUAUGAGAGGCUGACGGGGGAGAAGUGGAGGAGUGCAUCUUCUGCUUGA